CUCCGAGUUUUGAGGCCGUAGGGUCAUUGGUUGAUAAUAAUGGCGUUGCGUGAAAACAAUUUGCCGUUUAAGUGGACUUCGCUGCGAUGUUAACCGAAGUGUUACGUGUUGUUGAUCCUAUGCAAGGUUUCUUAUGUGUAGAAUCAACACUGAAAACACAGGGUACAGUCUGUGAGGUUGUAAAAGCCAUUUAAAAAUAGAAAUGGCGGGAAUGCCUUACUCUGAGAUGUAUCUGGGUCGACAGCCUACCCCAUAACUUCAGCGACCGAAAGGGAUGAACCGAAUUACUCUUGGUUAAUCGCCACCCGGAUUUAUCUUCGAUGUAUAAGCAUCCAGCAAGAUGAGUGGAAGAUAUAGCCGAACGUAUAGCCGUAAAAAGGCUGCUCCGCCACCAAUAAGCCAGUUUGAUAAGUUGGUCACGACUGAUUCUGGAAGCAGUACUAGACCAUCUGUUAAGAAGACUGCAGGACAUGUUGGCAAAUGGGGCAUAACAUCAUUUACUUCAUUGCGCAACAUCAAUGGUGGACUAGGGAAAGAAGAAAGCAACAAGAGACCUUACCCAGAUGAUUCUCCACCUUCUGGUAUUGGAGAUGAUGCAUUCAGGUAUGAUGGUGGAGCAGCCAAUGGGGCCUCAUUACAAGUCAAACCACCCAUAUCAACAUUCAGUAAACCUCGAAAAUUCUUUAAAAGUAGGACUUCUGAUUGUGUAUCAGAACCAGUCAGACCCAGUGUACCUGACAAGAGUCGGGGUAAAGUGAGUGAUGGGCUUAGUAAUAUUAAACUCCCACCUCUACCUUCUCUUGACACUCCUGACUCUAGUCAGAGUUCGUUGAAAGAUAUGCGUGAAUCAUCGCCAGUGACUGUGCCGAAGGUAUCCGUUCCCAAACCCAAUAAUUCCGAAACUGUUGUGACCAGUUCGAGAUCAGGCAGUGGUAUUAAAUUGAAAAUAUUCAAAAGCCGUGACGAUGCCUCUUGUUCUCAGGAAACUUAUUCCAGUACAGUGGAACUGCCUAGUGACGAUUCCCGUGCAAAUAGUGCAUCAACUAGUAAUGCUAGUUCUCCAUCCACGAAAGAUUACAGUGAGGGAAACCCUGACUCCUCUGAGGAAUAUGGCGCAGGUGCCUCCCCUCAGCCAGAGUACAAAGCUCCAGAAAUCAACAUAGCAGCUGCGUCAGCGAGAGCAACGAUGCUCUGCUCUCCAGACAGGCUAGAGAGCCCCAACCGGACGCUUAACUCGAGCUAUGAUUCUAGUUUUGAGUUUCCAGGGUUGGUGGACCAAAGAACGGGGUUGCCUAUAGAUGUAUGUCAGGAUGAUAGUGACUAUAGUUUUUCAGGGACCCAAACUAAGUGUCAGACCCCUCAGUCUGUUAAUAAUGAUAAUAGUGUAAGUAAUGCUAAAAAGACGUACGGUUCUAAAGUCACCAAGUCUUGUGAGUUGAAUAAGUACCUAACAAAAAAUAUGGUAUCUUCAGUGUCUGAAAUUGAUACGCAGCAAAACCCUAUUAAUGAGUCUGUGUGUGAUGGUUCGUUGAAUGAUGACUUUGACCUUCCGGAGUUUGGUGUGGGAUCAAGUGACUUUGGGGUACCUGAGAAAUUGCCUCCCUUAGAAAGAGGCAUCAGUCCAGGAGUGUCAUCAGUGGGUGGGGGGGAAAGUGGUGAUAAUAUUGAUUUGUUCAGUACUGACUUUGAUGAGAAUGAGAUAGAGGAUAGGACAAACAUUGACCCCGCAAACCUCGAUAACAUAGAACCAAAGGACACAAAUACUAUGGCAGACACAGCAGAGGAGGAAGAUAUGUUCUCAUCUCAGGGUUCCUUCGAGUCUUUUAGACGUACUCAUUCGACCAAAUCAGAGAGUGAAGUGAGUAAGACUGAUCAGCCAGCUCCAUCUAUCAAAAAGAGGAGCAUUUUUAAGAGUAGGAAUGCUGACAGUGAUGCCAAAAAAAGGGCUACUUACAAGCAUAAGUGGCAUGACCAAGAGGACAAAGAGGAGACAACCAAAGAGGUACCUGCAACCUUACCCAGUAGCCAAAGCAUGGUAUCCUCCACAUCUCCAUUUGAGGACUUUGACUUUGAUCCUCCUUCAGCGCUGAAGAGGGUGCAUACAUGGCCCGCGACAUCCUCUGGCUCGCUGGAUGAUUCCACUGAUAAGCAGUCUGUAACAAGUGUCAAAUGUCCAAAGGUUGCAAAGCAGUUUUAUACAGUUGUGAAAAAUGUCAAAAAAACACAUCAACUACAAGAGUCAGGAGAGUUCCAGGAGUUCAAUGAUGAUGUUGAGUACUUCUUAGAUGCUUUAAGGGCUGCCAUGCCAGUAUCAACAAGAUGUUUGGCUGCAUUAAACUUGGCUCAGAAGUGUAUGGUACCAGCGUUUAGGAUGCACUUGCGGGCACAUGGCACAGUUAUCAAGUUUUUCAAUUCAUUGUCUGAUGCUCAUACUGACCAUAAAUUGGCCAUCUGUGCAGCAACUGUGAUGUUCACACUAUCACAGGAUCGUCUAAAUAUGGAUUUGGAUAGGGACUCUUUAGAACUGAUGCUCAAUUUACUGGAGUCUGAUGCUGAAAGCUCAUCAACUCUUUCUCCUGCUGACAAAACUAUGGUAGAACAAAACAAGAAGAAGAUUCGUGAACUCUGCCGUGACAUGCAGAAGAAGGGUCAUGCCAAACAUCUCAAUUUGGACAACAUUAAUGCGGGUCAUUUAGCGAUGGAGACUUUGCUCAGUUUGACCUCAAAGCGUGCUGGAGAAUGGUUCAAAGAGGAGUUGAGAGAGCUUGGAGGUAUAGAGCACCUAAUACGAACUAUAACACAAUGCACCCAGGUCUUCUCGCCAGAACUGGAGACGUGGACGCAUCCAUUGUUAGAAAAGCUUACUAAGGUGGACCGUUGCCUUAAAGUUCUGGAAAAUGUUACCCACCAAAAUGUUGCCAAUCAAGAGUACCUGCUAAAAUUUCAAAAUGGGAUAUUCCCAGAGAAGUUGAUGAGUUUGUAUCGGCUUUGUCAUGUGGAAGUCCCAUUGUAUCCUAUGUCAGAAGCACAUCAACACAAUACAACCAUUGGUGGAGUAUCUACAGGACAGCUGUUGGUACAGGCUCUGCUCACCACAGUUAAAGUUCUCAUCAAUCUCACACACAACCCAGGAAAGGAAGCUCUUGGUAGCCAGCUUUUGGGCCAUGAAAAGGAGAUCUACGACAUCACCUUAUAUUGCUUGCUCAUCAUGCCAAGAUACCUGUCACAUGAUAUCAGAUUUGAACUAAUUAUCCUAGCAUGCAGUCUUCUUUUGAAUUUGGUGGAGCACAGUAAAAACAACAGAGUAAUCUUGAUGAAAACUAAAGCUCCAGACUUUCUUGACACAGAUACGAACGAUAUAUUUAAAUCUGUGGGAGAAAGGAAGGGAGCUAUGCAAGCUUUGGUGGAAUUGUUUUAUCGUAGUGAGGCAAGUGCACGCCAGCAAGAAGCACACACAGAUGAAAUUAUUGAUCAUGAUCUAGCAAAGAAGCAACAGGAAGAUGAGAAAAAAGAUGAUGAGAUCGAGGAGACUGUAGCCAGAUUGCUACAAAAAGCUGGUCACCACAUGGAGGAUACACUAAUAGCAGCUUACACAGCUUUGCUUACUGGUUAUUGUAUCAUGGAUGAUGAGGACCGGGAAGCAGAGAUAAGAGCCAUGCUUCCAGAUUCCAAGUUUACCUUGAUGGUAACAGUUCUUAGAAAAUUCUUGAGGUUUAUGGAUCUGACAGCAACGACGAGUCUCCUGCGGAGUUUGAAACCAACGGAGAAAGUCGUUAAAUAUAUGGAGAAGUUAGAUGUAACCCCAGAAGAAGAGGCAGAAGUUGAGAAAAAGAAGCAGCAGCAGCAGCAAGAGGAGGAGGAAUCUGAAGGCUAUGCCUUUGGUUUCUAGUUUACACGUUAAAAAUGGAAAAAAAGAGUGUAUUUAAUUUUCAGUACAUAAAGAGUACAUUAUGUAUAAAUAUUUGUUGAGUUAGAAAGAUAUUAGUGAUUGUAUCCAUAAAUAAAUUUUGUAUAAUUGAUUUUUUGCUAGUAUGUACCAAAUGGAAUGUGAAAAUUGAACAUUUUUGAGAGUUGUCCAAAGAAAUGUACAUACCACAGAGUUGUUUUGAACUUUGGGAGAGAAAACCCCUCUUUCUCAUUGGAAUAUUUUCCUUCUCUUCUUUCUCCUGCACGAUGUGCGGCGCCAAGAGUACAAUUCGCAUUUUCUGACACAGUAGUGCAAUAGAUGCCGCAGUUCUUGAUUUUUCCUUGUUCUUUUUUGACCCCUCCUUUUCUAGCCACGUUGUAACUGGCAAACCCAAACCAAAGAGGCAGCACUAGGUUAAUCCCCUCAGCACUUGAUAGUUCCCCCGUCUUUUGUGUUGUCGUAGGGGGAGCUGGUGCAGCAGCAAACAGCAAGAACCCCCAAAUUGGAGAGGCUUUUAACUGGUGAAGGGGGAGUGUAUAGUUUAGAAGAGGAAAAAAUAAAAUACUUUUACAGUUUUGGAAACUACAGAGAUGAGGACCCUAUUUUCAUUGUAUUAUAGAUGUGUCUUUUAUGCUACAGUGGAUGAAGAUGUAUGAGAGUCUAGUUUUCCUUUUAGGGUUCAACAAAUCUUAGCAUACACAAGUAGCAGUUGUGCUGUGGUGUUAAGAAGUGUUUGCUCUCCACUACCAGUGACCUGAUUCUAUUAUUUUUUUGUUUUUCUUUUAUGACGGUUAUGAUUGUACAGUAUAUUUGCAUAAUGAUAGUUCUUUUAUUUCUCUUACACGUCUGAUAGGAGUGUGUGAUAAAAAUUUAAAGUUCCACAAGUGGUAGUUUUUUCUAUUUAAUGAUGAGGUUCCAUAGCAUCACUAAUUCCUUUUUAUAUAUAUAUAUAAUGAACCUCAACAGAUCUCAUAAUUUCACAUUAGAUUAAAUUUUCCCGAAGAAGAGGAUGCAUCUGAGAGCGCAAGAGAGAGAAAGGUGAAAUGUUGAGCACGUUUGUACAAUCUAUUACAGUAUAUGCUUGUUGGGGAAGUUCAUUCACAAUUAAAAUUCAUUUUGUUUUUUCAGUUCUCAUGUCAUUGAUCACAUAAUUCAGUUAAUUUAUUUUUAAUUUUUAAGUUAGCAUAUACAUUCAUAAGAUUAUUUUUUUCGUAUGAGCAAGAACACAUAUUCCAUUAAAGUACUGAGAGAAA